ACAAGAUGGUCGGAUCCCGGCCGCCUCCCGGCUCCUUUGUGGGGACCGGAGCCUGAGCCCCACCCCCGCCUGCGGGCUCAUCGGGGGGAGGCCGGAGCCCCCCUUCCCGGCUGGAAUCCGGCGUGACUCCGGAGCCGCACCCUGCAUUACCCCCACCCCCCCCGCGCACACACCGGAUUGAACCGGGGUCCUGGGGAUGGAGCGAGCCGGCGGCGGGGGGCCGCCCGGGCCAGGCCGGCGCCCCGGGACCCGCUCCGACCCCGAUCUACCCCCUUGGAUCUAGCCGGGAACCCGGGUUCCCUCUGGGGAGCGAGCCGAUCCGGAUUGCAAUUGGCUCGAUCUGCUGGAGGCGGCGGCUGUGCUGAAGAGGGCAGAUCCGGACUCACUCCGGAUUGAGCGGAGGCAGGGAUCCGCUGGAGGAGAGACCCGGCGCCUUGGAUGUCAUCGAGGCCCCGAUCCGGGUAACUGGGGGGCCGCGGGGAGUAUCCGGGCUCUGGAGGCGGCCGAAGCGGGGGGGCAGCUCCCCCAGCCCCCCACGCAGCCCCCCGAGCCCUGUCCGGCCGGCAUGGGGGGCGGCCCGGCGGAGGGACCCCCCGCUCCCCACAGGGCCUGAGCGCGGGGGCAGGGGACUCGCCCCCCCCAACCGGGGCAGGAUUUGGGGGUCUCGCCUCACGUCGGGGAGCAGCGGAACGGAGAGGCCCCGGGGCCAUGGGCCGCCCCCGCUAGCCGGCCGGCCGGCGAUGGCCAACGCCAGCGAGGCGGACGAGCCGGGCCUGCCGGGCCCCCCGGCGGCCUCCAGCUACGCCAAGCUGCUGCUGCUGGCGCUGAUCAUCUGCCUGAGCCUGGCGGGGAACCUGGCGCUGGCGCUGCUGGUGCUGAAGGAGCGGGGGCUGCACCGGGCCCCCUACUACUUCCUGCUGGACCUGUGCCUGGCCGACGCCGUGCGGGCGGCCGUCUGCUUCCCCUUCGUGCUGCUCUCCAUCCGCCACGGCUCGGCCUGGCCGCACAGCGCGCUCGGCUGCAAGGUGGUGGCCUUCCUGGCCGUCCUCUUCUGCUUCCACGCCGCCUUCCUGCUCUUCUGCAUCAGCGUCACGCGGUACAUGGCCGUGGCCCACCACCGCUUCUACGCCAAGCGCAUGAGCCUGUGGAGCUGCGUGGCCGUCAUCUGCAUGGUGUGGACCCUCUCGGUGGCCAUGGCCUUCCCGCCCGUCUUCGACGUGGGCACCUACAAGUUCAUCCGGGAGGAGGAGCAGUGCAUCUUCGAGCACCGCUACGUCAAGGCCAACGACACGCUGGGCUUCAUGCUGAUGCUGGCCGUGCUGGUGGGGGCCACGCAGGCCGUCUACGGCAAGCUGCUCUGCUUCCAGUACCGGCACCGCCGCAUGAAGCCGGUGCAGGUGGUGCCGGCCAUCAGCCAGAACUGGACGUUCCACGGGCCGGGCGCCACCGGCCAGGCGGCCGCCAACUGGCUCGCCGGCUUCGGCCGGGGCCCCAUGCCGCCCACGCUGCUGGGCGUGCGGCAGAACGGCCACGCCGCCAGCCGCCGCCUGCUGCGCAUGGAGGAGUUCAAGGCGGAGAAGCGGCUGGGGAAGAUGUUCUACGUCAUCACCGUCCUCUUCCUCCUCCUGUGGGCGCCCUACAUCGUGGCCUGCUACUGGCGGGUCUUCGUCAAGGCCUGCAGCAUCCCGCCCCGCUACCUGGCCACCGCCGUCUGGCUGAGCUUCGCCCAGGCCGCCGUCAACCCCGUCGUCUGCUUCCUGCUCAACAAGGAGCUGAAGCAGGGGCUGGCGGCCCGCGUGCCCUGCCGCAGGACAGAGCCCCCCCUGCCCCGGGAGCCGUACUGCGUCAUGUGACCGGGCCGGGGCACAGCGAUGGGGGGCCGGGGGGAGACUGGACGUCCCGCGCCAAUCCGGAGUCACUCCCGACUGCAGUGGGGUCGGGGCCGGAUUCUGAUCUCAGUCAAUCCGGAGUCACUCCCGACUGCAGUGGGGUCGGGGCCGGAUUCUGAUCUCAGCCAAUCCGGAGUCAAUCCAGAGUCACCCCCUGACUGCAGUGGGGUCAGGGCCGGAUUCUGAUCUCAGCCAAUCCAGAGUCAAUCCAGAGUCACCCCCUGACUGCAGUGGGGUCGGGGCCGGAUUCUGAUCUCAGUCAAUCCGGAGUCACUCCCGACUGCAGUGGGGUCAGGCCGGAUUCUGAUCUCAGUCAAUCCGGAGUCACCCCCUGACUGCAGUGGGGUCGGGGCCGGAUUCUGAUCUCAGCUAAUCCAGAGUCAAUCCGGAGUCACUCCCUGACUGCAGUGGGGUCAG